AUGGGGCUCCUGCCCAAGCCGGGCGCGCGCCAGGGCAGCGGCGCCUCCUCUGGCCGAGCCGGCCGCUGGUCCCGCUCCAUCUUCAGCAACAUUAAGGUGUUCGUGCUCUGCCAUGGCCUCCUGCAGCUCUGCCAGCUCCUGUACAGCGCCUACUUCAAGAGCAGCCUCACCACCAUCGAGAAGCGCUUCGGCCUCUCCAGUUCUUCCUCGGGUCUUAUUUCCAGCUUGAAUGAGAUCAGCAACGCCAUCUUCAUCAUCUUUGUCAGCUACUUUGGCAGCCGGGUGCACCGUCCACGGCUCAUUGGCAUUGGGGGUCUCCUCCUAGCUUCCGGUGCCUUCGUCCUCACCCUCCCACACUUCCUGUCGCAGCCCUACCAGUACACCUUGGCCAAUGUCGGGAACGGCAGCCUCUUCCACGCGGAUCUCUGUCAGAAACACUCGCAGGACCUGCCCCCCAGUAAGUGCCACAGCACCACCCAGGACACCCGGAAGGAGACCAGAAGUAUGUGGGGUCUCAUGGUGGUCGCCCAGCUGCUGGCAGGCAUCGGGACGGUGCCCAUUCAGCCAUUUGGGAUCUCCUACGUGGAUGACUUCUCGGAGCCCAACAACUCACCUCUGUAUAUCUCCAUUUUAUUUGCCAUCUCCGUAUUUGGACCAGCUUUCGGGUACCUACUGGGCUCUGUCAUGCUACAGAUCUUUGUGGACUACGGCAGGGUGGACACAGCCUUAGUUAACUUGAGCCCCGAAGACCCCCGAUGGAUUGGAGCCUGGUGGCUGGGCCUGAUCAUUUCCUCGGCCUUCUUGGUUCUCACCUCUUUUCCCUUUUUCUUCUUUCCUCGCACAAUGCCCAGAGGAGUGGAGAGGUCUCCCGCCAUAGAGGACGAGGCGAGGAAGAUGAAGGAGGUCAAGCCAAGAGGCUCCCUGGUGGAUUUCAUUAAACGGUUUCCCCGCAUCUUCCUGAGGCUCCUGAUGAACCCACUCUUCAUGCUGGUGGUCCUGGCCCAGUGCACCUUCUCGUCCGUCAUUGCCGGCCUCUCCACCUUUCUCAAUAAGUUCCUGGAGAAGCAGUAUGGUGCCUCCGCGGCCUAUGCCAACUUCCUUAUCGGUGCUGUGAACCUCCCCGCUGCGGCCUUGGGGAUGCUAUUUGGAGGAAUCCUCAUGAAGCGUUUUGUUUUCUCUCUACAAACCAUUCCCCGGGUGGCUGCCAGCAUCAUCACCAUCUCUAUGAUCCUCUGUGUCCCUCUCUUCUUCAUGGGAUGCCCCACCCCAGCUGUGGCAGAGGUCUACCCACCCAGCACAUCAAGUUCUAUACAUCCUCAGCCUCCCGCCUGCCGCAGGGACUGCUCGUGCCCGGAUUCCAUCUUCCACCCGGUCUGUGGAGACAAUGGGGUAGAGUACCUCUCGCCAUGCCAUGCUGGCUGCAGCCACGUCAAUAUCAGCUCUGUCGCCUCCAAGCAACAGGUCUAUUUGAACUGCAGCUGUGUGACCAGGGGAUCUGCUUCAGCCAAGACAGGCUCGUGCCCCAUCCCCUGUGCCCACUUCCUGCUCCCGUCCAUCUUCCUCAUCUCCUUUGUGGCCCUCAUCGCCUGCAUUUCCCAUAACCCCCUCUACAUGAUGGUUCUGCGCGUGGUGAACCAGGAAGAAAAGUCAUUUGCCAUUGGGGUACAGUUCUUGCUGAUGCGCCUGCUGGCGUGGCUGCCGUCUCCCACCCUCUACGGCCUCACCAUCGACUCUUCCUGCAUCCGGUGGAACUAUCAGUGCUCCGGGAGGCGAGGGGCCUGUGCCUACUAUGACAGUGACGCUCUCCGAAACAGGUACCUGGGCCUGCAGGUGGGCUACAAGGCUCUGGGCACCCUGCUGCUCUUCUUCAUCAGCUGGCGGGUGAAGAAGAACAAGGAGUACAAUGUGCAGGAGAAGGCUGCAGGCCUCAUCUGACCCUGGGCCCAGCGCCACUCCGCUGGAGAGUGGGCCUGCCCCCCUCACCGGCCUCGAUUUACUAAUGUUAACGCGUCCUUUCCUUUUCUGUUUUUCAAAUAAGAAAGAAAACUCCACAAUCACCAAUCGCCUUUCCUUCCUCCUUCCAAAGGCCCCUCCACAGGAUUCCUUAGGGCCGCUGAGCCCCUGGGCUGAAUGGACACAGAGCUGGAGGUCCGGGUCUUCCCUGCCCCCUUGGGAGGGGCCCCCACAUGUCCCGGCUUUUCUCAGUGCUGAGUCCUCCAGCAAGGAUGCCCCCUGAGGCAGCCCCUGCCCCUUACCAGCCCUGUGGGGGGUGGUUUCCUAAGUGGGUAGAGAAAAGGGGUAUCUGCCCAGAGGAAGAAAGGAAUGGGCUGUGUUAUUAAGGGCCACGACCAGGAUAGGGGGUGGGAGAGCCUUGCUGUAGUAGCCACUGCUGCAUCUGGGUUCAGCAUCAGCAUAAAUCCCAAGAGGGGCUGGCUCCCCUCCUCUCAGAUCCUGGCUUCCUGCCCCAAGAGGCCAAUUUGGAAGCUGCCAUGUUGGGAAGUAUGGCCAGCUGGUCCCCUGUCCGUUACUCACACUCAGGCACCAGAGCAGGGGUGGGUCAUCCCAAUGCUGUUCACAUUAACUCUAGACCCUUCUGUACCUGUGUCUGUGCAUGUUUAUCUCUAUCUUUUUGGUGGUAUAUUUCACACUGAGAAAGCCACACCAUGGUGAAGACCUGACUAAGGCUGUAACGUGACCGUCAUGCCCAACCUCCCACCCCCACAAUGUGGGAACAAGACUCCUCAUCUCAGAGUGAUGGGAAGACCCUCCCCAACUUUCCCUGGGGGCAGAUGAGAUGGCUUCACAUGUGGUUCCCUGUCUGGACUUCAGCCUGUAUGCCACCCGGUAAAGAGAGGCACCCCGAUGUCAGCAAAGCAAUUGUGGAAGCCGAGGGAAGGUCAAAUGUCACCAAGCUGGAUGCUGAGGUGCAGCCCACAAAAUGGAAGUUUGGCUGUCCUGGUUUCACACAUGCUUGAAUUCAUCAACAUUUUCUCAGCCUCUUCUCUCUGCGCCCAGAAGUGGGCGCCUUCUGUGGGCCUGGAUUGAGGGACACUGAAGCUGUGGGUAGAGGUUCAGAGUUAGAAGCCAGCAAAGGAGGCCUUUCAUUUACAAAUACAUUUAUUACAGACUGACUUUGUGCAAGGCAGUGCUAGUACAUGGUUCUCUACUGAGCUUCUCCCCACCUUCCAUCUACACUAGGACCUCCUCCCAGAGUGUGCUCGGUGGGCAAUGGAGGGAGCAGGGGAGGCACAGCAAGGACCCAGAGAUUGUCAACAGGAUCUUGACCUCAUGUCCUACCAGACUGACCUUGUACCUGGCCCUUUGCCAGACAGAGACCUGGCUGUACCAUGUCCUCUGGAGCAGCUGGGUACUGGUCAUUGCCACAUGGGAUCUCCUGAGUACCACUCCUCUUGGAAGACCCCUCCAGAAGCAUACCAGAAGCCACCUCCAGACAGGCCUCAUACGGUGGUAAGCCAAAAAUUUUAUGUCAACCGCCAAACUGCCAUGAAGUCUUUGUGAAAGCCACUGUCACAGCAGCCUUAUUUCUAAAACCACCAGCCUUAUUUCCAAAGAUCUCUCAGGAAGGGAGGCUCCAUGCAACCUCCGGGGCCAGUUUUAGCUCUGCUUGGAAAAUGAUUCCCUGCAACUUUUAACCAUGGUCUCUCUUGCUGCAAUUUAACCAAAUUCUGGAGGCAUUGCCUUCAGCUAAGCUCAUGAACAGUGAAUGCCAGCCUUCAGAUUCUGGAAGAUUGGUUGCCCUCCAAGCCUUUAUUCUGUUAUGAUUUUGCUAUUAAUAUAUUAUAAUUUUACUAUUGAUGUAA